UCUUGGAUGCGUCCUAUCCGAAUGCGUACGCUUUCUUCGCAUACUGUAUUCGACGGGAUUCAGCUCGUUGUUGGCCCCAAUCCAGCUCUCGCCAUCUGCUUGCCUGCUUCAGAUGUUAUAUCCCCCCUUCCUGGAACUGGAUAAGAGUACGAAGGACAAAACAUUUUCCUGUCUUUGACGUGGGAGGUCCAACUGGGGUACGAAGAGAAAGUAAUGCAGCGGCCUUCGGAAAUGGAGAAAGACAUCUCUGUGGCCAUGAAGUCCACGGAACGGCUGCACGAGCAGGCAUUCGCACGGCAGGUGGAACGCCAAAAGCCAGAACUGGACCAAAACGACCUUUUAACGUCACCAGCACCGGAAACAGCGGCCCCUGGCCAUGGCGGACUCCAACUUCAAUCAGCGGAGAAAGCGCUGGAGAGUGACGUAAGCGGUUCAGGUGAAUCGGUGUGCCAGCUGGUGAAAACCGAGAAUGGCAGCGCCACUGCCACACAUCGGGAGGAAAGGGGAUGUGAAGCUCUGUUGCCAGCACCAGCUCGCGACGACGAUGGCGCGCUCCGGUUUCUUCCCGUGGAGAAUUUGACGGAGACCUUCCAGUAUGUGCCCACCGUUGCCCAGUGCCACCUGCGGGCGGUUUGCGCCGGCUGGAACGGCAUCCUGACAUCAACCUCAGCAAAGCGCUUGCUGUACAUCCAGUCCCCAGCAGAAAUGCGUUUUGAGAAGUGCAGUUCGUUUGAUUGUGCGGGUACUGCUGAUGUCAGUGCACGUUCAUGUUGGAGUAAUCGCGCCGUGGGCGUUGUGGGUGGGCUAAACUAUGGUGCCAAAAUGCGAUUGGAACUAUUUGCUGGUGAUGUGCGCUUGCACUUGGCCACCCAAGGAAGAACCGAGAAAGAACUUCUGGGGAAUCUUGUACUGAAGGAUGUUGACUGCUGCUUUUUUCCUUUUCGCUUCGCUGAUUUCAUUUCCCUUCUUCGCGACGUGUUCAACUCUCUGGCAGCGAUGUGUCAUUCGCUGACCGUGAAAAACUUCACAUGCGAGAUUGUCGACAAUGAAAGGGAUGGCUGUGUGCCGAUCACCAUCCGCAUCCCCUUCGGACAAAUGAGCCACGGUCGGCGUCUAACUCUUGCUGACUGGUACAACAUGAUUGAACAAGCCUGUCCGCUGCUGGACGACCAGCAAAAGACUCUGGUGUCAACUACGCUCAAGGAAUGUGAACAGGAUUUCUUACUUUCCUUUGAUCUGAAACAGAUUCGAAAACGACAGGCUAAAGAUCCCCGGAAAAGCCGCAGAGCUUUAAAGUUGCUUCCAUUUGAUGGUUCACUGGCCUCCAUCGAUGUGAACCGAUUGACGCAAAUGGUGCAAUACCUGAUGUACUGUCGAAUAAUGAACAGUAAAGUGAAGCUGGACGUGGAUUUAUAAACCUCCCUUUAGGCGGUUAUCCCAUUUAC